AUGGACAUCCCCAUCAGCACCAGAGACUUCCACUGCCUGCAGCUGGCCUGUGUGGCCCUCGGCCUGGUGGCCGGCAGCAUCAUCAUCGGUGUAUCUGUGUCCAAGGCCGCGGCUGCUGUGGGUGGUAUCUUUCUUGGCGCUGCCGGGCUUGGGCUCCUCAUCUUUGCCUACCCCUUCCUGAAGGCUCAGCUCAACCUAGACCACAUCCUGCCUGAGAUGGAUGGGGACUUGGGGCACUCUUAUCCUGCAGGAAGCCUGAGAAUCCACCCCAACCCAGGGCCAGACCAUGGGGAGGGAAGAUCUAGCACCAACGAUAAUAAAGAAGGGGCCCGCAGUGGCCUGUCUACUGUGACCAGAACCCUGGAGAAGCUGAAGCCAGCAAGCCGAGGAGUGGAGGAGGGCUAA